AUGCGGUGGUCAUUCCAGGGCAACGGCGUGCGCGGAGGUAGCGGCGGACGUGGUGGCCGCACGCUCAGAAGCAUCCAAAGGGCUAUCAGGACCGGCGGAGGCGCCCCGCCGGAACCCUUCUCUCGGUCCGCCGGCCCCACCACCGUCUCCGCCGCCGAUUCGAGAGAAGCCAAACAAUUGGUUAAAAACCAACCCAAAGCGGGCCUUUCAUCGAAUGACCCUUAUAACAACUGCAAUAAAAAUGAGUCGCCGACUUUUUCGACGGCGAUCAAUUUUCCAAGGCCCGGUGCAUCUGCACCCGCCACACGGGGAGCCUGCGGUGAUGAUGACGUGGAUUGGGAGUGUUUGGAUGUGGGCGAUGGAGAUGAAAGGGGUAUUGCUUCUGAUUAUAAUUUUGUAUUUGGCACUGUGCCAUCAAGAGAUGAGGUGAAUUGUGCAAUUUCUGCUCUUCAACAGGCUUUUCGACCUGUGUCCCCUGCAUAUGACGCAACCGAGAAACUCAUUGUGGUAGAAAAUGAAGAUCAAAGUACUGUGAAGUCUGAGAAGAUAAAUUCGUCAUCCUUAUCUGAGCUCGACUGGAUUGAGCCUUCACCUACUCUCGGCAAUUCAAGAAAGUUGUGUCCUUAUGGGCCCGAGAGGGUUUACGACGCCUUCCAUUUGUUGCAAAGUGAACCUUCUGUGCAGAGAAUGGUGAUAGCACUAUCGUCCGAUAGAACUGUUUGGGAAGCUGUGUUGAACAACGAGGCUGUGAAGGAAGAGCUUAGAGGCUCAAUAAGCCGAGUUAAUGAAGAAGGAGACAAAGUCGUGCACAAGACCUCCGGUGAUGAUAACAAUCCAGCGAAGGGCUUGUUCCUUAGUUGGUUUUUCUCGAACGCUAAAGAGAAAAUAACGCAACUUAUUGACAUGAUGGUGCAGCUUGCAAAUAUGGUGUUUCAGUUUGCAAACGAGGAGAAGAAAGGAGGCGCGUUCGAUUCACUGCAGGAGAAGAUAAAAACUUCUUUGUUUCUUUCAAUUGCUGUCCUCCUAAUUGUGGUCGUCAAUCGAGCCAAGAGUGUGUGA